GUGAGGCGAAGCUGGUGCGUCUGUGUGCGCGUAAUGGGAUUAAGUUCGAAGCAGCGCAUGAUACUUGUGUUGUUACUCCAGGGAAACUGGUGCGCGUUCCUCAAGGAGAACCCGGAGUAUCUAGAGGUGGCAGAUGAGCCGGGGUCGAAUCCUGGGGAUGCGCGGAAGCAUUUCAAGGGGCUUUUUGACUGUAAAGUCCCUGACGCACCGGACAAUAAGCGGCUCUCCGAGGCAGAGAAGAAACGAUUCCGUCAGAUGUAUCCGGAGGGGGAGCAUGAGGCGCUCCGGAGGUUAGAAGUGUUUCUUGAGGAAAAAGCGAAGGAGUAUGAUGAUUUGCGAAACAUGCUUUCAGGGAGGAAUACAUCCGUGCUCAGUCCGUAUUUCGCGUCGGGAGCGUUGAGUGCACGAACAGCAGUUGUCCAGGCUCAGAAGGCGAACAAGGGUCAACUAGAUCGAAACCAGUCUGGCUACAUGUCCUGGAUCAGUGAGGUUGCCUGGCGAGACUUCUAUAAACAUGUCCUUGUCCAUUGGCCAUUUAUCUGCAUGAACAAAUGCUUCAAGCCCGAAUUCACCGACCUCGAAUGGUCUUACAAUCAAGGCCAUUUCAAGGCCUGGAGCGAAGGUAAGACCGGCUUUCCAAUCGUCGACGCUGCCAUGCGGCAACUCAAUCAUGCAGCCUGGAUGCACAACCGCACGCGCAUGGUCGUCUCCUCAUUUCUCUCCAAGGACCUUCUCGUUGACUGGCGUCGGGGAGAGCGGUAUUUCAUGGAGCAUCUGAUAGAUGGUGACUUUGCCUCUAACCACGGCGGAUGGGGCUUUGGUUCCAGCACGGGGGUAGAUCCCCAGCCGUAUUUCCGAAUCUUUAACCCGCUGCGCCAAAGUGAGCGGUUCGAUCCUGAUGGAGAGUAUAUUAGGCACUGGGUGCCGGAGUUGCGCGAUGUGGAAGGCGCUGCGAUUCACGAUCCGUACGGCCGAGGAGCUGAAGAUGUUGCAGAGAAAAAUGGCUAUCCAAGGCCUAUCAUCGAUCAUUCUGAGAGUCGAGAUCGCGCGUUGCAGAAUUAUAAGAAGGUUGCACAGCGUCACUAACGUUUGUGCCAUAGCCUGUCGACUGCAAGAGAACUGAAGAUUUGAAAUGCCGUCCAUAAACAUUAACAA